CUCUAUCGUAACCUCUCUAGGCCCCGCCCCCCUUUGCAAACACUGCAACAAGUGCAUUGAAGAUGCUUGAGUGUUUCGGACCUUCUUCUUUAACUGGAAACACAAGGAAACCCACGGCUUUUUCUCGAGAAAACGCGGAAGAUAGGACACUAAUGAGCACGAAUCCUCUGCGCUUGUUUGACUAAACAACAGGUUUUGCCGGUCGGCGAAAGGGAAAUUACAAACCGCGGAGCUUGCGCAACUGGGAGAGAAGUUUCUCCGCGAGAGCCCGUGAGCUAGCUCAAGUUGCUAGCCCCAGUGUGUCCAAGAAGCCAGCUAUUUGUCGCAAUAUGUUGCGGGGUAACAGCUAGUUAGCACAGGCUGCGCACUUGUUUGCGUUUCCUCUUCUGACAUGUUUUGGCGACAAGAGGACAGAGAGUCGUGGGAGAAACACAGACGUCUUCACUAUGGCUGAACACAAACAGCUGCUCUGUUGAUGUGAGGAGGACAACAUCAGCGAUUAUGAGCAGGGCAGAACAACAGGACGGAGGCUUGUCAACAAGCGAAGAACAUUUGUCAUGCUUCCAUAACUCCAAGCCUGACCCGCUGACCAGGAGCCGACCGCUCAGUGAUAUAUAUCCAUUUCAUAACCUAGGUGACAGUAGUGCAGUCCCGUAUCUGCUGCCUGGAUGUGGACCCCAGGAGCAGCCGGUGACUCCAGGUCCCGUCGCUGACGAGAACAAACUGAACAGCAUCCACUCCUCUGCUUGGUCCAACCCUGUUAUAGGUCAACCUGAAGGAAAGCCUUAUUCAUCAAGGAUUAUGAAGCUUUUUUCCAACUCGAGGAAGGGCCCAGUCCCUGCUCACAGUCCAACUGCUGACGGUCCCACAUCAGUCCACAGAAACAACAGUGCCCCUCAAUCCUGGUCAGGACGCUCAGGAUUGGGUGUGGUGGACUCUUUCAAAAAGCUCCGCUCCUCUGUGCUUCAGGGUAUUCAGAGUAGAGGGGCAACAAACCAUGAUGAAGAUCAUGUCCUUUCGUCAAAUCAGGAAAUGGUUAGUGGCGCAAUUGUGGCAAAAACUGACCCAGGUCUAGAGAAUGGAAUGAAUCAUUUAAGGACAGCAGAAGGAUGCAGUUUGUCUAAUGGAAAUUGUACUGAACAGACGUUAGCAGCAAUAAGCCGAACUGGCUCGGACAUUGAGGACUACGAUGAUGAGGAGGAAAAUGAUGAAGGAGAUGUUCUCACACGGAACUCACGAUUAUCAAGGAGUAUCAGGAGGGCGUACGGGGCAGGACGCAUUUCUUUACUUGACACGGGGAGAGGCAGAGAUGCAAAAAGUGGCACGAGAGAAGCUGUGGACAUUCAGAAACCAGAUCAGACAUCCAAGGUGAAUAUUCAAACAAAGAACAUGAACCAAGACAUGAAUAUGAAGGUGCCAAACAGAAUGAGCAAAAGCGCAGAAAAUCUUCAUAUAUUUAAGGCACCAUUCAGACGCAAAGCCCCGUCUCCAGGUUCUCUUUCGCCUCAGGAAGAGCCUCAGAGGACUCCCAUGACAAAUGGGACACCAUACAUCCAGAGAACAUCCAGUGCCUCCUCAGUGGACCUUCGAGGCCUCUCCUGUAAUUGCAGAAAAAGCCCUGCAAAGACUAAGGGGCCAAUGCUGAAGCUAGUAGGCAGCAUGACUGACCUAACUGUCCGGCGCAGGCAAAGUCUCUCCCCCAGCCCUACAUCUCCCCUGUCACCCCUGAGCCGUCUCCAUGACGACUACUCCCGUCGUGUGCCUUGCUUUCAAACCAGCGAACGCCAGCGCCGGCCUUCGCCUGUCAGAGUGCGUGCUAUGUCUGUCGAACACACACCACUGGUUCAUACGCGCCAACCUGAGCGUGACACAAACCCAGAGCAGCACCAGGUUCUUAUCAGCUCUGUCUCUGUGGAUCUCCCAGAUAGAAUAGAGACUUCACCUGGUUCUUCUUGUCAUGAGAUCCUGGUUGUAUCCACAACAGUACGUGGCUAUAAAGAGGUGACGGAGUGUGAUUCUUCACCACUCAGCCAAAAAGAGCCGUCACAACAGGAGCAGAUUGAGGCCAAGUUGCUACCCAACAAGGUUAUGUCAGAGCAACAAUUACGAGAAGCACCUCUCCAAACAGAAGUGUCUCCAACAACCAGCAGCAGCACACCGCCCGUCUCCCCAACAUGCCUCCUCGAUUCACCCACAUCACCCACAGACGCGGCAAGGGCUUCCACUGAAGCAUCCUCUGUUAAACCCAGGCGAAGAAGUGGGCGCCCGAGACCUCGGCCCAUUUCUGACUACGGGCAGCUUCUGUCCAGGAAGCACUCCAUUCCCGAGGAAGUUGCAGAUCUGCACGUUGAAGAAAGGACAGAAAAUGUGUCGUUGCAUAAAGAGUGCAGUGAUAGAACCACCUGUGAGAAUGGAGAGAGCCCUGAAAACUGUGGCAUGAACGGAGAUGUCCUGUGCACGAGGUUGCGACCCGUCUCGGUGAUUGGAGUUGUGGAUCUGUUUUCUCCUGAUGCUGAAGAGAAGGACGACCUGCUUCCUUCUCCUCUGUCACGGCCGCCCAUCCCCUCCCACCAGGUUCCCCCCUACAGAGCGGUGUCUGCUAGGUUUCGCCCCCCGACUCUUUCCCAGAGCACCCCCAUCGGACUGGAUCGCGUUGGGCGACGAAAGCUGCACAGAGGGCUCAGCGAUGGUAUCUCUGAGUGCGUGGUGACACUUGACGACAGUGUGAGCGAGGAGGAGGAGGAAGGCAGCUUUGAUGAGCUCACUGAUGUCACGCCCUAUCUCCAACCAGGGGUGGAGAUCUCUGUGCUCAACGAGUGGAUAAGCUCGGGCCACACGGUGUAUGCUGAGGCUCUCUGGGACCAUGUGACCAUGGAGGAGCAGGAACUGGCCUUCAAGGCUGGAGAUGUUAUCCGCGUCCUGGAUGCCUCUAAUAAGGACUGGUGGUGGGGCAGGGGGGCUGACAGAGAAGCCUGGUUCCCCUCCAGCUUUGUGAGGGUGCGAGUGAACCAGGAAGACUCGAGUGCUGAAAGUGUCGAGAGUGUAGCAGACCAGGAGGAUCCAAGUCCCAGGGACACACACAGUGCUCAGCACAAGGAGCAGAUGAGAACCAAUGUGGUUCAGGAAAUCAUGAAUACUGAACGCAUCUACAUCAAACACCUCAAAGACAUCUGUGAGGGUUACAUCCGCCAGUGCCGUAAACACCCAGAGAUGUUUACCGAGCUGCAGUUGAAGACCAUCUUCAGCAACAUUGAGGACAUCUACGCGUUUCAGAGGCGAUUUCUGAGAGACCUGGAGAAACAGUACAACAAAGACCAGCCGCACCUCAGCGAAAUAGGCUCUUGUUUUCUUUUACAGGGUGAGGGUUUCUCCAUUUACUCAGAGUACUGUAACACCCAUCCAGCAGCCUGUGCUGAGCUGCAUCGCCUCAUGAAGUCAGGCCGAUACAAACACUUCUUUGAAGCCUGUCGGCUCCUCCAGCAGAUGAUCGACAUCUCCAUCGCUGGGUUUCUGCUCACGCCUGUCCAGAAGAUCUGCAAAUACCCGCUGCAGCUGGGAGAACUGCUCAAAUACACCCCCAAACACCACAGUGACUUCAUCGGAGUGAGCAAAGCAUAUGAGGCGAUGAAGAACGUGGCGAGUCUGAUAAAUGAGAGGAAGAGACGUCUGGAGAGUGUCGACGCCAUCGCUCACUGGCAGGUGGCCAUUCUGCGCUGGGAGGGACCCGAUGUGCUGGAACGAAGUUCGGAGCUGAUCCACUCUGGGGAACUGACCCGUGUCCUCCGACAAGGCAAAAUGCAGCAGCGCAGCUUCUUCCUGUUCGACCACCAGCUGGUCUUCUGUAAAAAAGACGUCCUGCGCAGAGACCUGCUCCACUACCGUGGACGGCUGGACAUGGACCAGACCGAGGUGGUGGAUGUGGCCGACGGGCGGGACCCAGACCUGGGCCUGACCCUGAGGAAUGCUCUGCGCUUGCGACAUGCCUCCACGCUGGAGUUUGUGUGCGCACUGUGCUGCAGGAAGGCCCAGGACAAGCAGAGGUGGUUGGAAGCAUUUGCCAAGGAGAGACACAGAGUCAGAGAAGAUCAGGAGAUGGGAAUGGAGAUCAGUGAAGAGCAGAGAAAACAGGCCAUUGUUAAUGCCAGACGAGCCAAACAGGGGAAGAUCAAAUCCAUUGGUUACGCCGGUUCUGUCCCACCUCACCACCAAAACCUCCACCCACUUCACCAGCGUCACGUCACCAUUCCGACCAGCGUGCCUCAGCAGCAGGUUUUCACACUGGCCGAGCCCCCGAGACGAAAGCCUUAUCACCUGUUGUACAGCAUCACUCGCAAUGCCUUUUUCAGGAAAUGAGGCUUUUGCUCCCUCACUGUUAAUGUUUGUUUUUUUGUUCUCUGUUCAAACCGUCCUAAAGACUUUAAGGUUUUUUUUCUUGUUCUUUUCUGUCUGUGAAUGUACCUUUUUUAAGUUUUGUCCGUGUACGUCGUUCUCUACGUGUCUGUUAUAGUUGCACAUUGAAGUUGAGUGCCUUCACUUUGUUUGGGGGCAUGAUGAAAGUGUUAAAAUAGUGUCUGUUUGUUUUGAAAUGCUGCUCUCAAAAGCCCAUGAGACCACCCCCUCCUCCCCCUUUUGUUUUAUUAAUUCCAGCUGAAAGAUUUGUUUUUAUCUAAAUUGUGACGACGAUGCAUCUUCUGCUUUUACAUUGACAAACAUGGUUGUAGGUUAUUUCACAAAGGCUGGACCCUUUUUUUUUGCUGUGAGCCUGUCAGCUCUGAGCACACACACAGCCAGAGGAUAAAUUAACUAACACGUCCAUCUACCCUGUUAACACUGUAAAUAAAAGGCUUGUACAAACAAA